AUGCGUGUGGGCGACGCUUUUAAAACUUACGCGGAUUUUGAAGAGGCUUUAAGUCAAUAUAAAAAGUCAACAUUCGUUGACUUUUAUAUCAAAGAUUCAAAAACUGCGAAAUCACAAAUUAGACGGUACCCGAAACUGGCCAAUUCUUCUGAACAAUUGAAGUACUAUUAUGUAAAACUUGCAUGUGUUCAUGGCGGAUCUUAUAGGAAAAAAAAUUCUUGCCAAGAUCUGCGUAGUACUUCAUCAAUGCGACAGGGUUGUGAAGCGUAUAUUUAUCUAAUUGCCAAUGCAAAAGGGGAUGCGUUGGAAUUAACUCGUAUGAAUGACGAACAUAAUCACGAGAAGUCGGAGACAUUAUUUUCUCAUCUCCCAAAUCAGCGAAGAGUCACCCCUCAAGAGAAAAUGGAAGUGUUGGAAUUAAUGAAGUUGAAGGCCAAUAAGAAGUUAAUUCAGCACAAAAUGCAAACGAAGACCGGUAAAGUCAUAAAUCUCAAAGAUAUUGCCAAUAUAUAUACCACAGGUAGAAAAACACCAAGCCACAACAGUUUGAGUGAAAUUGUCGAGCAGUUGCAAAAUACGUAUAAUUGUACUGUUGAAAUAUCAGCUGAUAGCGAUCAAAAUUUGAUUGGUCUGUUUAUCCAGGAUAAAAUAAUGCAGAAUACAUUUAAAGCAUUUCCUGAGGUAGGAAAUAUAGAGGUUUAUUGGAAAUUAGAUGUGUAUUUUUAG